CCUUGCCUUGCUGUUUGCUUUAGUAGCGCCGGGGCGAUGUUAGCCGGUCGCAGAAGAAGUACUUUCACGCCCAGCAGCAGCGUCACCCUCCCGGCUCGCCCGCUCCCAAGGAAACCCGAUUGAUUGAUUGGGGCGCACACAGCGGCGUGCCUCCACCAGCCGUGCCUUUCCCGCGGAACCCGUUUGCGAAAGCGGCUGCAGGCAGGGAGAAGUGUCCUGGACUUGUUUACACAGGCACCUUGGGAAGUUGGAAUUCCCCAAAGCGGGGGUGCCGGGAGGUCCCUUGAGGCUGGUGCAGACUAGAGUGGGGUCUCGGCGAGUUUUCUCCCCCCCCCCCGCGCCCCAUGAUUGCCUUGUCCUGGAGCAGGCAGUCUUGAUUCAUCAACAUCCCCUCGGUGCAAUUUCUUCGGAGAUGGCAUUUUGGCUUGAAGUACAUUGACUGAGAAGAGAAAUGAAGCCCCUGCAGUCCAGAUGGUUGCCUGAACUCCAGGUAUUCCACAGACUCCUGGCUGCAGCUCUGAGCACCUCACCAGCAGACAUUCGGCUGCUGACAUCGCAUAGAUUGUGGAUUCCUACCAGACCUAGCCUAUAGCAGUCAGAAUGAUUAUGAUGCCUCUGAGGGCACUCCUUCUCUCUGCUCUGUGUUUCCUGGGGGCAGUAUUUCCACAGGGACAACAGUAUGCCACCUUUUCAUACAAUGCCACCAAAUUUCUUCAUCUGAUUAUGGAUUCUGACUCUGGGACUCUUUACCUGGGGGCUACUAACUUCCUUUUCCAGUUGUCCUCAAACCUGGUCAUGGAGGAAGUAUGUUCUACAGGACCUUUCUUGGACAGCAAAGAUUGCCUUCCUCCUGUUGGCAAGCCGGAGUGUCCCCAGGCCCAGUACACGGACAACUAUAACAAGCUCCUGUUAGUCAACACUCUGGAUAAAGAACUCAUCGUGUGUGGCAGUGUGUGGCAAGGGAUUUGUGAGAAGAGGAGACUUGGCUUCAUUAGCAAAGUCCUCUUCCAACCCCUGACGCCAGGAGACACCCAAUAUGUCGCUGCCAAUGACCCCAAUAUUUCCACUGUGGGGCUUGUAGGGUACUCCAAAGACAAUGUGCCGCUGCUGUUUGUGGGCCGAGGCUACACCAGAGUCGGAGUCGGAGGCAGCAUCCCUCCCAUCACCACUCGGAAUCUCAGGGCCCACCCAGGGGAGCCACCAGGGCCAGACUCUCAUUCCAUCUUCUCCUAUGAGGAAACGGCAAAGCUGGCCGUGGGCCGCCUCUCAGAAUACAACCACCACUUCAUCAAAUCUUUCAUUCAUGGCUCCAGUGUCUACUUCCUGUUCUACCGGCGGGAUCUCAAGUCACAGUCGCGGGAGUUCAGGACCUAUAUUUCUAGGAUCUGCCUGGAUGACUCACAUUAUUACUCCUAUGUAGAGCUGCCCUUGGUCUGCAGGACCAAAGAGAAGACUUACAACCUCCUGCAGGCUGCCUAUGUGGCACAGCCGGGUGGAGAAAGAGGGGCUGGCGGGGCUCAAGGGGAGGUGCUCUUUGCUGCCUUUUCCCCCUGGCACCCUUCCUCGGGGAAGGCGAGUGAGGAAUCUGCACUCUGUAUUUAUACCAUGGAUGAGGUGGAGCACCUCACCACUCAAACCAGGGACCUAUGUUACACCAAGGAUGGGAAAUCCGAGGAAGGUGUAGAGGUGGCUUACAUAGAAUAUGAUGUCAGCUCUAUCUGUGUCCAGCUGUCGGCGGACACUUUAGAUGCAUACCCGUGUGGCUCAGACCACACUCCCAGCCCCAUGGCCAGUCGAGUGCCUCUUGAAGCAGCCCCCAUCCUGGAAAAGCCAGAUGCUCGUUUGACUGCGGUGGCAGUCAGCAUCGAAGAUGGACACACUGUUGUUUUCCUGGGAGACAGCAAAGGUCGGCUACACAAGGUAUACUUGGGAAUAACAGGUGACACCAACCUGUAUGCUUCUCUGGUGAUCCAGCCAAACAGCGCAGUGAGUGGAGACCUCCUCUUUGACCAGCCCAAGAAGCACUUAUAUGUCAUGACUCAGUUAAAGGUGACUAAGAUCCCCACAUUUGAAUGUUCCCAGUACUCUGAUUGUGAGUCGUGUUUAGCACCGAGAGAUCCGUACUGUGGCUGGUGUGUUCUCCAAGGAAGGUGCAGCCGUCGCUCUGAGUGCUCCAGGUUCAGAGUGAGUGAGCAGUGGCUGUGGGGCUUUAAUACCACCCAGCGGUGUUUAUCUGUCCAAUCACUGAGCCCAGCGAACAUCAGCAGAGAAGAACAGAGAAAUAUAUUCCUGACUCUUUCGGAUUUGCCAUCCCUGCGGGAUGGAGAGUCCUAUUCAUGCUUCUUUGAAGAGUAUGAGAGCCCAGCAACGCUGAUGGGGUCAGGCAUCACGUGUCCUUCACCAGAUCCCAACCAAGCACCAGCUUUGAAGGCAGGAACAGACCACAUAACCAUUCAGCUUGUGGUGCGCUUCCACAAUGUCUUCAUUGCUUCAACAGCUUUCUCCUUCUAUGACUGCAUGGCGGUGACUUCUCUGAGGAAAUCAGCACCAUGCCAAGGAUGUGUGAGCAGCCAUUGGGGAUGUAAUUGGUGUGUCCAUCAACACCUUUGCACUCAUAAAGCCGUCUGUGAAGAAGGAACCAUUAUCUACAAUGAGCGGGCUCACAUACCAACCUUGAGCCCAUGGCCUUCCUCAGCCACUCCCGAUGUACCAUCUUCCCCAACUGUGGCUACCAAGCCCACGGUUCUCUCAGUCACACCAGAGGCUACUUCCACCUCCAUUCCCAGUACUGUUCCCGUCCCCACCACUGUGCCAGCAACUUCUGCCCUAACUACUCUGCAACCAGAAACUUCCAGUCCCACACACUCGCCAUCACUGACUGUAGACACACUGACAUCACUGGGGACAACCACAGACUCCCUGACGCUGCCCACAACUAAAGUGCCUCCCACCACUAGCCCUACCUCUGAGCCUGACUCUAGCAGCCAAUCAGAGACUGCAGGCCUCACCACACACCCUACCUCUGAGCCUGUCGUUGAGCCAGAAGACUGGUCCACUGACCCUCCUGCCAGUGCCACUCACAGCACGCGACAGCCAGUCGUGGAGGCACAAACACCUUCCCCAGAGGCUGCCAGUUCUGUGACUCUGCCUCCUGUCCCUGUGGCACCCACGUCUCCCUUCCCAACUCCCCUUACCCCCAACCAGACAGGAAGUGCCUCCACAUCUUCCACUGACUUACCACCAGGAGAUCUGGAGACUGAGAUGCCUACUUCCAAGGUGCUGCCUUCUACGGGCCUUCCAGACUGGCCUCCCAGGAAUGGUGCAGAACUCAAAGACAAUGAGGAAUGGAUGGCUUCACUGUCAUUUGAGAAUGACACGUCCUCCUACUCGGACUCUAUUCUCUCCGGCGAUGGAGACUUUUCAGAGCGCGACACGGAUUUCUCCCGAAUCCUGAACCCAGGGUUGGACUAUCAAUAUGAUGCCCCUGGAUUUCUAGACCUGAAUGAAGAGUUCAGUUGGGGGCCUGAAGCCUGCCCCUGUGUGCAGAGCAUUCAGGGGCCCUCUCUGCUGCCAGUCAAUGUGCAGAGGAAGAUAACUUUGAUAGGGAAAAACUUCCAUCUCUACCAGGAUAACCUCUGGGGCUAUGAGUGCGCUUUGAUUCUGGAGGGGAAGACCUUGGUGAUGGAGGCUUCUAUUGAAAAGGAUGAAACAGAUCCAACUCUUUGCUAUAUCACAUGCCAGCUGCACCAGUACAGCUAUUCGGCUCCCCAACUUGAAUUCAUUGCAGCAAUUUUCGUGCGAAGGAAGCAGCGCCUCCGGGUGGACAGCAUAGAAAAUCUCCAUGUGACCCUGUACAACUGCUCUGUGGGACACUUAGACUGCAGCCGCUGCCAAACCGCUGAUGCCAAAUAUAACUGCGUGUGGUGUGGUGGAGAGCAGCCCAGCUGCCUCUUCUGGGACUCCUGCAAGGAAGACGUGGCGGACAUGUGCCCGGCCCCCCUGAUUCACACUGUUUAUCCCUUAACUGGACUGGUUGAAGGCGGUACCAGAAUCACCAUCACUGGCUCAAACCUUGGUCAGAAACAUGAAGAUAUUGCAGAGAGUGUCACGGUGGCAGGAAUCCCCUGUGAGGUUGAUCCUCUGGCGUAUGAAAUCUCUAGCAGUAUCGUGUGCACCACAGGCGGAAGCGGCACAGAAAGGUCCGGGCAUGUAGCCGUGGAGGUUCCCGGAGGAGGACAGGGAGUCUCUGGUCAUGUUUUUACUUACCAGGACCCAGAGCUGAAGUCCAUCUCCCCAUCACGGGGCCCCAAGGCUGGAGGAACCUCUCUCACGCUGACCGGCUCCAAGCUCCUCACAGGAAACCCCAGCAAGAUUGACAUUCUGAUUGGACACCUCCCUUGCUACAUUCGUUCAGAGAUGCAGGAGAAUGAGCUGCAGUGCCGAACAAGUCCCAGUAACACUUCCAUGGAGCUUCCUGUCACCAUCAAGUAUGGGGAUCAGGACCGGAGAUUGGAGGAUUCCCUCUUCAAGUACACCCUGGACCCCAACAUCACAUUUGCAGAACCAGCCAAGAGUUUCCAGAGUGGCGGGAGAGAAAUCCGAGUUCAUGGGCAUAACCUUGAUGUCGUGCAAUGCCCACAAAUCCGUGUCACCAUUUCACCACUGGAGCGCCGACGCCGGGGCCUGGGGAGAUGGCGGAGGAUUGUCCCGGAGACAGAGUGUCCAGAAAAUGCUCUCUGCAGCAUCCAGCAAUUUGAAGAACCCUGUGAAGUCAAUUCCUCCAGCCUCAUCCUGUGCAGAACACCAGCCAUUAAGCCGCUGUCCCACUCUGUCCAAGUCAAACUGGAGUUCGUCCUAGACAACCUCAGCUUUGACUUCAGUUCUUUGCAUUCAACUGGCUUCUCCUAUGAGGUUGAUCCCUACCUGAAGCCCCUCAACACAGAAGAUCACACCAAACCUUAUCGCCAUAAGCCUGGAAGCGUCAUCUCUGUGGAGGGUGAGAAUCUGGACCUGGCCAUUUGCAAAGACGAGGUGAAAGCCAUGAUUGGGGUUGGGGUCUGCUCCGUCAAGACCCUCACAAAGAACCACCUCUAUUGCGAGCCCCCUGCUGAGCAGCCAGCACCUCUGCACCGGGCCAAGCGAGAAGGCACAGACUCGCUGCCAGAGUUCACAGUUCAAAUGGGGAACAAGAACUUCUGGCUAGGCCGUGUGCAAUAUGACACGGAGAGUCAGCUCACCUUUCCCCUGGAGGCCCAGAUUGGCUUGGGCGUUGGAGCCUCCUUUGUUGCUUUGAUCGUCCUCAUCAUUGUCUUCAUCUACAGGAGGAAGAGCAAGCAGGCCCUGAGGGAUUACAAGAAAGUCCAGAUCCAGCUGGAAAAUCUGGAAACAAGUGUCCGGGACCGGUGCAAAAAAGAAUUCACGGACCUCAUGACAGAGAUGAUGGAUCUCACCAGUGACUUGGUUGGCACCGGAAUCCCCUUCUUGGAUUACAAGUCCUAUGCAGAACGUAUCUUCUUCCCGGGUCACCGGGAGUCACCGUUACAAAGGGGUCUGGAUGUCCCAGAGUGCCGGAGGCAGACGGUUGAGCAGGGCUUGGUGCAGCUCUCCAACCUCCUCAACAGCAAGCUCUUUCUCACCAAGUUUAUCCACACCUUGGAAAUCCAGCGCACCUUCUCUCCAAGGGACCGGGCCUAUGUUGCAUCCCUUCUCACCGUCUCGUUGCAUGGGAAGCUCGAGUACUUUACAGACAUCCUCAAAACUCUGCUGAAUGAUUUGGUGGAGCAAUAUGUGGCCAAGAACCCCAAGCUGAUGCUGCGAAGGACAGAAACAGUGGUGGAGAAGUUGUUGACCAACUGGAUGUCCAUCUGUCUGUAUGCAUUUGUACGGGACUCUGUUGGGGAGCCCCUCUAUAUGCUUUUCCGAGGUAUCAAGCACCAGGUGGACAAGGGCCCCGUGGACUGGGUGACAGGCAAAGCCAAAUACACCCUCAAUGACAACCGCCUUCUCCGGGAGGACCUGGAGUAUCGCACACUGACAUUAACUGCCUUGGCUCAAGCUGGGAGCACCGUGGGAGGAGCAGAAGGAGCCCAGGGGGUAUUGGUGAAGGGGCUGGACUGUGACACCAUCACCCAAGUGAAGGAGAAGAUCCUCGACCAGAUCUACAAAGGGACCCCUUACUGCCACCGGCCAGACCCAGACUCGCUUGACUUGGAAUGGAGAUCAGGGCUGGCUGGGCACCUUAUUCUCUCGGACGAGGACGUGACGUCUGUUGUCCAGGGCACCUGGAAGCGUCUCAAUACACUACAACACUACAAGGUGCCUGAUGGAGCAACAGUUGCUCUAGUGCCUCGUAUGACCAAGCACCUUCCCAGGGAGAAUCAAGACUACAUCCCCGGAGAAAAGACCCCAAUGCUGGAGGAUGCAGAUGAGGGUGGGAUGAAGCUCUGGCACCUAGUGAAACCCACAGAGGAGCCUGAGCUGCCAAAACAUCGGCGAGGGAGCCUGCGGGAGCGGGAGAGAGCCAAGGCCAUCCCUGAGAUCUAUCUCACCCGCCUCCUUUCCAUGAAGGGGACACUGCAGAAGUUUGUAGAUGACUUGUUCCAAGUGAUCCUCAGCACUAGCCGCCCUGUCCCCCUGGCUGUGAAGUACUUCUUUGACCUGCUGGAUGAGCAAGCCUUGCAUCAUGGGAUCACAGAUCCAGAGACCAUCCAUAUUUGGAAGACAAACAGCCUACCCCUGAGGUUCUGGAUCAAUAUCAUCAAGAACCCCCAGUUCGUAUUUGACGUGCAGACAUCAGAUAACGUGGACGCUGUGCUCCUAGUCAUUGCUCAGACCUUCAUGGACUCCUGCACCCUCGCCGACCACAAGCUGGGCCGGGAUUCCCCCAUUAACAAGCUGCUCUACGCCCGUGACAUUCCACGGUAUAAGCAGAUGGUGGAAAGGUACUAUGCCGACAUUCGCCAAACCAUCUCUGCCAGCGACCAGGAGAUGAAUUCCGCCCUGGCUGAGCUGUCACGGAAUUACUCAGGUGAACUCAAUUCCCUGGUGGCUCUGCAUGAGCUCUACAAGUACAUCAACAAGUACUAUGACCAGAUCAUCACUGCCUUGGAAGAGGAUCCGAUGGCACAGAAGAUGCAGCUGGGAUACCGCCUGCAGCAGAUUGCCGCAGCUGUGGAGAACAAAGUCACAGACUUGUGAUGUGCAUAAGGGGGGCAGUCAGCCAGAGAGAGGGCAGACAGCACCCGCUGCAGUCAGAACCAGGCGCUCCCCGCUGAGGUGGGCGAAGUCGCAGUUCAGGCAGUGCCAACAGCAAAGGGCCAGAGGAUUUUUUUUAAAAACUGACUCUGAAAAAUAAUAAUAACAAUAAUAGAAAUGAACCUUAGGGAAGCGUCUCCCUCACCAGAGCCUGGGCUCCUCCAGAUGGGCCAAGCCAAGUGGCCAGGAGGUCAAACUGGUUAUGGAUGUGCCAAGGGGUUGGCAACCGGUGCAGCCGUGGGAAACGCGGGAUCUUUGCCUCUCCGCAGCCUGAAGCCACUGAGAACAGCAGCCCAGGCAAGGACCUGGUUCUUGGUGAGUUUCCCCGGCACUCUCGUGGACCCUGCAAAAGAGCAGCCUGCAGUCUGAGCAAGGGGAGAAUCCCCUGCCGGUCCUUCCUCCAGCCCUUUGGGCAUCUCUUGUGCAUCCAGUGGCACUUCCCUUCCUCCAACAGGACAAGGGCAGAGGAUCAGACUGAAGACGGAAGCGCCAGCAUGUGACGUGAACAUGUUGGCAUUCACUGUGGAGAAGAAGCCGGCCACAAGAGCAGCAGCAGCAGCAUCCUGCCAAAAUCCCUGCAAAGUGGCACCGUGCCUACCUUCCUGGCUCACACCUGGUCAAUCAAGGUGGUCCUCUUCACAACCUCUGGGCAUGCCUUUCUGCAGCUGCAGCUUCAGGUGCAGAUCCCACCCUGCUCCCCAGAAAGCACAAAAGGACCCCCUCUUUCCCUCCAUUUGCCUCGCACUCCCAUUGCUGCUGCUCUGUAUCAGAUCUGUAGAUCGCACUGGGGAAAUGUAUUUCAGACCUUCAGUGUUUUAACUUUUGUCGUCCCCCCACCCCGCUUAAGUUAGCACUUCUCCCUGGGCAAACAUCCCUUUUCUUGCCACCCCUCCACUCUGCCCCCCAUGGGGGCUUUCCUUGCUCUGCCAGAGACAACACCCGUUCCCCCCCCCCUAAAAAAACCAACAAAAUGGUUGCUGCUCUGACUUUCUUAGGUUGGAGUCCCCCAGUGGCAGCUUUUGCUUUUUCUCUGGCUGUAGUUGGGGCUGCUGAUCUUACUGGUCCCUGCUCCUGUGUCUUUAACAGCAACUUGAUCUGCAGGCAUUAGCAAGUGUUCAUGUUUGUCUCCAUGCCGUAAAUUCACCGGUUGGUUUUUGCUGAAGAAAGGUCCUGUUAAGAGGCACAGGAGCAGACCAAGUGGUUUUUCUCGCCAGGAGGUACCUGGUAACCAUACCUUGUAGCUCAGCUAUGCUUUUCAUAACUGACAGGCAGAGAUCCAACAGGUGCAGGUUCUGUCAUCACUGCAUAGCCAAGCAGCAAAAUAGAUGAAGUGAUAAGAUUAUUGGACCAGCCUCUGUGGAGUAGGAGUAUGAAAGCUUUUGAGUUCAACAGAACUAACUCUUCAGUGGGGCUUGUAAAGAAUUUUUUUGUGUUGAACACUUGCAUAUUCCUCCAUCAAAAUAAGAUUUAUCAGAUAAGGACCAAACUGGAUGUCAUGUGGGAGGUCCAUGAAUAGGAUCCCAUGUGUGCUUCUUUUUUUAAGAAGGGGUGUGAGUUGUGUGGGAAGUAUUCUCACACACACACACACACAUACCCCUCUCCCAUUGGUUUAGCCCUGAAGCAAACAGCCAGCCCUCCCCCAUGGCUGUUUUUAAGUUAAAGGAGAAGUGUGGGAAAGCCUGUUCCCAGAUCUAGUUCCAUCUCAUUUAGCCCUGAGAGAUUCAAAAGCUGGUGUGUCACAGUUAAGAGCAUGUGCAGUUUAGCUGAAGGUUCCUGGUUCAGAUCUUCAGGCCUGCCAAGAACUCGCCAGGUAGCUCCAGCCAGCCCCUCUCUUCCAGCCUCCUAUUUGUAAUAUGGGGGUGAUUGUACUGGUUUACCUUACGCAGUAGUUGUAAUGCUGAGAUAAUGUGUGUGACGCAAUUAGGGAAAGGGCUAUAUAAAUACUAAGUAUUCUUAAGACUGCCCUAGCCAGGAGUCUAACCCUAACCUGCAACGCCUUCACACUUACAACUGUAUUGUAUUGCCUUGUGCUCUUUUGAAUCAUAGAAUUUUGGAGCUGGAAGGGACCUGGUGGGUCUUCUACUCCAACGCUCUGCUUUAUGCCUCUUGCGCUCUGGAACCAACGUGGUAGUACAACUCUCUGUCCUCUAGAGCAGGGAUCCUCAACGUUGGGUCCCCAGAUGUUCUUGGACUUCAACUCCCAUAAUCCCCAGCCAAAGGCCACUGGGCCUGGGUAUUAUGGGAGCUGAAGUCCAAGAACAUCUGGGGGCCCAACGUUGAGGAUCCCUGCUCUAGAGUCCUCUCUUUAACUUGUCAGUCCAGCCCACUCCUGAAUACCUCAAAUAUGAAGUGCCGGUGCUCAAACUUGCUUGGUAGCCACACCUGUUACACAGUUCUUUCCCCCUAACUGCAGCCAUGUGAGAGCUGAGAGAAAGGCACUUUGUACAUGCUCAGUAGACCUUUUGUCUUGAUUGUUUCAUUGAGUCUAGGACUGAAAACAAAUUGUGAGAUUACAAGUUUGAACAUUUAAACCAAACCCUGCACCCGAGAAGAGCCUCAAGCUCCAGUUGCAGUGCUGAAUUAUUCUUUUGGAGGGGUUAUCUACAGCAGGGCUGCUCAGCUUUGGCCCUCCCAUAACUCCUGGCUAUUGGCCACUAUAGCUGGGGAUUAUGGGAGUUGUAGUUCAAAAAACAGCUGGGGGGGUCCUAAGUUGAGCAGGCCUGAUCUACAGUCUAUCCCAUGAAGAUCAUGUAUUCUGCACAUACUGAGCAGCCAUUACAUUUGACACAAGGAAACAGCAGCUGCCGCCAUAAGAUGCUAGAGGUACCUUUCAGUUGCCUCUCACUAACCUUCAUCAAGUUACCUCUUGCCAGUCUGGAGGGUUGACUUAAAAGUUCCUGAGAGGUAAAUGCAGCAGUGUCUCGGUUUUAGGAUGCAGGAGCCCUUUGGAUCAGUGGCCUCUCAAGAUCUCUGUGUGUCUGGCAGGGCGCCAAAUGUUGCCCGCUUGUGCGCACUGUCCUACCCUUCCCUCCCUUUUAAAAAAUGGGGGCAGGAGGGCUUCUUGCUGCCUCGGCACUCCCGUAAUAUGUGGUCUGAGGCACUGCCCCACCUCACUACAUGGAAGGGCUGCCAGGUGUGCCAGCCAAAGAUCCUCUUGCACUGCCUCUGAGGUGCUCUGUGCAAAGUGAGCAUGAUGUCACUGUGGGGCCGUGAGCCCUUUGCGGGUCUUCAGGACCCCCGCAAGUGCCUGUCCUCACCACUCUCCAGAGCCGGACCUGAAGAACAUCUGCCCUCUUUGAGGAAGCAAGCAGCCCAGGGUCAUGUCUCCGCAAACCUUAAGACGACCUCUGCUACCAGUUCCAUUCCCACCCUCCUCCAUGAACAGUGGGCAUUUCAGAGAGGGGCUGGAAAGUGCAUCUUGCCACUGCAGUGGUACAUACCCAACACAGCGCUGCCUGAAAGCUGUGAAAAAGGCCAGUUCUGUGCUAGGGAUCAUGAGGAAGGGGACUGAAAAUGAAAAUGCUAAUAUUCUAAUGCCCUUAUACAAAUCUAUGGUGUGGCCACAUUUGGAGUACUGCGUACAGUUCUGGUCACUGUAUCUUAAGAAGGAUAUUGUAGAACUGGAAAAAGUGCAGAAGGCAACAAAAUUGAACAGGGGCCUGGAGCACCUUCCUUAUGAAGCAAGGCUACAGCAUCUGGGGCUUCUUAGUUUGGAAAAGAGACAUAGUGGUGUAUAAAAUUAUGCAUGGAACAGAGAGAGUGGACAGCGAGAAAUUCCUCUCCCUCUCUCACAGCACUAGAACCAGGGGUCAUCCCAUGAAACUGAAGGCCAGGAGAUUUAGGACCAACAAAAGGAAGUACUUUUUCCCCCACACGGCAUAAUCAAUCUAGGGAAUUCCCUACCAUGGGAUGUGGUGAUGGCCACUUGCUUGGGUAGCUUUAAAAGGGGCUUAGACAAAUUCACGGAGGACAGGUCUAUCCAUGGCUCCUAGUUCUGAUGCCUUGAUGCCACCUCCAGCCUCAGAGGUCAAAGGCCAGGCAGCAGCAGCAGCAGCAGCUCUCCAAGGUUUCAAGCAAGAGUCUUUUGCAGCCCUGCCUGGAGAUGCUGCCAGGGACUGAACCUGGACUUCUGCCUGCAAAGCAGAGGCUCUGCCACUGAGCUACAUCCCUGAAUCCUCUGGUAACAAUAGCAUCCUCGUGUCUGCAAGCAUUCGUCUCUAGGCUGUGAAAGGCUUUCCCACUUGAUUUCUGCAGAUCAAGCUGCUGUUAAAAGCUCCAGAGCAGGCCAGGCCUUUCUUCCCCUCCUCAACUGGCAAUCCAAGGACAAUUCUCCAGCCCAUGUCUUGGCAACCUUACACCCAACAGAUUUUCACUGCAUCAUAGAUGGUAGGAACUUCUAAAAUGUGGGUAAACAAUGUAGUGUAGGAGCUGUGCUGGGUGCUGGAGAAGGGCUGCCUGCCUCACUCUAAACACUGGGGGAAUUCAAUAUGCCUUCAUUUAUUUUUUAUGGUUUCUUGUCUCUCUGGUCAAUUAUCUGGCUUUCCCUUUUUACAUUCCGAGCCAGCUCCCCAAAUGUGCUUUCUCAACUGAUUGGAGAUUAAUAAUUAAUCUGGAAAGCUUGACAGACAAACCUGUCUGAGUUUUUUAUUUGUUGUUGUUGUUGUUCCAUAGUAUAAUAAUGUUAUUGUAGAUACUGUUUUGAGCAAAGUAGGAAUUUUAUCAUGAAAUGAGAAGUUUUGUCUGUAAAUAAUCAGUUUAGAUCCCAGAUGACUUUAUUACAGAGCAAAAUUCUUACACGGUAAUUCAAUAAACUUUAAUAUACAACACA